UUUGUUGAAAUUGUAAUCCGGUAAAGUUACAAGUUGCAAAGAACAUGUAAGCAAACAAACGCCAUCUAUUGUAUUAUCUUAUAAAAAAACAGUCUAUCACAUGUUUUAAGUUGUGUUCAUCACAUUGGGUUUAAAUUAGCAGUAUCCAAAAGUUAAUUAAAAAUGAUUACUCCGAAUUUUAUGUUGAAACAAGAUGAUAAAUAUGUUUAUAUUACUAUCAAAGCUCCUAUGGCUAAAUUAAUGGAAACACAAAUUGAUUUCGAAGGGAAUUUGUUUCAUUUUUCUAGUAAACCUUAUUACCUCAGAUUGCAUUUACCUGGUAAUUUGUCCGCACAGGAUGGUUCUGAAAAGAUUGAUUGGGUCGCAGAGGAAAAUAGAUUUGUUAUUAGUGUGUUAAAAGAAAAUGAGGGCGAGUAUUUUGAAGGACUUGAUAUGUUAACCAAACUGUUAACUCAACCCAAAAAGGAAAAACCAAUGAUAGCUCAAAUUGAGAUUUUAGAUCAAGAGUCUAAUAUCGAGGGUGACGAUGAAAAUGAAGAAGAGAUCGAUUGGUAUAUUGAUCAAAGUGAAUGGACAGAAAACGAUCAGCAAUCAAUUCUAGGGGAAAAGUAUGGAUUUGCAAAUCGAUAUACUGGCAUUAUAGAACGAUUAGAGGAUGAAAUUUGGGAUCUUUUGGACGUCAAAAAACCAGAGAAAACUAAUAAUCAAGAUCGUAAAAAACAGAGGAUAGAACAAGAUAUUAAGGCCUUUGAUGAAGAACACUAUUGGUUUGAUAUGUUUGAAUUAUCAGAAACAAUUGAGAACCUAAUUUGUUUUAAAGCUCACUGGGAACUGGCUUCAACUGAUACAAUCCAAUUUGAUGAUGACGAGAUAUUCAGAUUGAAAAGUUUACCCAGAAGAGAGUAUCUGUUAUCUAGAAAAGAAAAAUUUCAUCUACUUCUUGGUUUAGUAGAUAUUUUGUUUGCCUACGCUUAUGAUGUAAGAACUACUGACGGAGAACAUUCUUGCGAAUCGGGUUGGACGAUAUCAAAGCUUUCAUCUACUCUUUCGUGGUUUGAACAAUUUUCAACAUUGCCUGAAGUUCUUUCUACAUGUGUUCAGCGAUCCUUGACCUAUCCGCUAUAUCGAAAUUGGAGUUUGUGCAUUAAAUUGAUCUCUGAUGUUAAAAAGAUACUUAAAAAUGGACGAACUUGCGUGAUCAAAUGCCUUUUAGAUAUUCACAAAAUUUUUAACGAAUCUGGAGAUCUUCGUUACAUCCUUAAUGAUCUUUAUAUCACUGAUUAUUGCAUUUGGUUGCAGCAUGUCAAAGAAAAAACCUUUAUCUCACUAGCUGAUGCUUUUGAGAGAAUCCAAAUAACUAAGGAUAUGAUAAAUCUUGACCUAGAACUCAUAGAAGAAGCUGCCAAUCAAGCAUUUAUUGAAGACAGAUAUGAAAAGUUAAAAGUAUCCAAUGAUAUCAAAGAUCUCGAGAUUGACUCUAGUAAACAUUAAUGGCUCUCAUGGCUCUCAAAAUACUGCGUUAUAUCCCGUUCUAAGAUUGUGAUAUUUUCUUAUUUUUUGUGCAUCCAAUCAAAAUUGCAUAUUUAUUGAAAUUUUAAUUUUUAUAAACUCACCUCCAGCCGUAGCUUCGGAUACUCCUGGAAUAUCAUCGAAACUUGAUGCCUUGCGAUCUAACAAAGGUAGUCGUUCAUUUUCUUCCGCAAUGGUUGUCCACUCAACACAAUUACUAUGAAAGAAAUUUGGAUCAAUAUGUAAUCUUUCAUCUUUAAAAUCGUUUUUCAUUAAAGCUUACCAUUUGUUAAUCUUGA